CAACCCUUUCUCAUUAUAAACUAAAACCCAAACCCCAAUACAAAGUAAUUUCACGGUGUGAAAAUAUUUAGCCAUGGCUGAGAAAAGCACUUUUCUGUUUUCGUUUCUUUUUUCUCUGCUCUUCAUUUUCAUAGCAGUUUCUGUUAAUGCGCUUGGAGCAGAUUUAGAGGAAAAGAAUGAUUGGGUUUCAGGCCCCCAUUUGGUGAAAAAGGAACAAAGAAAAUCCAUUGUUUCCACUGAAGAUGGAGAGAUUUCAUCCGUUUGGAUUCCCAGUAGGCCCUAUCGUCUUCAGUUCAUUACACUGGAACCAAAUUCUCUGUUACUUCCUGUACUUUUGCAUGCAGAUAUGGUUUUCUAUGUCCACACAGGGAGUGGGAAUUUGAGCUGGACGGACGAAGAUGAACUUAAGCACGCAGAUUUAAGGCCUGGAGAUAUCUACAGAUUGCACCCCGGAACUGUUUUCUUCCUCCAAAGCAGCUUGGAAACUGAACGCUCCAAACUACGGAUUCAAGCCAUUUUUGUGGAUUCAGCUGAUGAUUUUCGCGGACAAACAACUGAAGCUUAUUCUAGCAUUCGAGAUUUGGUUCUUGGCUUUGAUAAGAAAGUUCUACAAGCAGCGUUUCAGGUUUCCGAGGAAGUGAUAUAUGAGAUGUUAAAUGGGACAAAGCCACCAGCUAUUGUACAUGGCGUUUCAAGAACAAAGAGAACAGCAUGGGAAAUGCAGGCUCAGUUCAUAAGAGACCUUGUCGGAAGCAGAGGUUACAAUAUAUUUGAAUUGAAUAGGAAGAAACGGAAGACAACGAAAUUAUUCAAUAUUUUCAGUGAGGAUAAAGACUUCAAGAAUUGCAACGGGUGGAGCACGACAGUAACCAGGAAAAAACUGUCUGCAUUAAAGGGUUCAGAAAUUAGUGUAUUCAUGGUGAACUUGACGUCUGUAAGUUACUGA